CCUCCUCUCCGCGCCGCCGCCGCCGCAGCAGCAGCAGCGAGGAUCCCCAUCACACCUUCUGCAGCCAUGGCCACCUCGGCAAGUUCCCACCUGAGCAAAGCCAUAAAGCACAUGUACAUGAAGCUGCCUCAGGGCGACAAGGUGCAGGCCAUGUACAUCUGGAUUGACGGGACCGGCGAGUUCUUGCGCUGCAAAACCCGGACACUGGAACGGGAGCCCAAGAACAUUGAAGAUCUGCCCGAGUGGAAUUUCGAUGGCUCCAGCACCUUCCAGUCCGAGGGUUCCAACAGCGACAUGUACCUUGUGCCGUCCGCCAUGUUCCGGGAUCCUUUCCGCAAAGACCCCAACAAGCUGGUCCUCUGUGAGGUCUUAAAGUACAACCGCAAGCCGGCAGAAACCAAUCUGAGGAACAGCUGUCGAAGGAUUAUGGACAUGGUGUCUACCCAGAACCCUUGGUUUGGGAUGGAGCAGGAAUAUACUCUUCUGGGAACAGAUGGACACCCAUUUGGUUGGCCUUCCAAUGGCUUUCCUGGGCCACAAGGCCCCUAUUACUGUGGAGUCGGAGCGGACAAAGCUUACGGCCGAGACAUCGUGGAAGCCCAUUACCGUGCCUGCCUGUACGCCGGGGUGAACAUUGGAGGCACAAACGCAGAAGUUAUGCCAGCACAGUGGGAGUUCCAGGUGGGUCCUUGCGAGGGGAUUGAGAUGGGAGACCACCUGUGGAUUGCACGGUUCAUCCUGCACAGAGUCUGUGAAGACUUUGGGGUUAUCGUCUCUUUUGAUCCCAAGCCUAUCCCUGGAAACUGGAAUGGAGCAGGAUGCCAUACUAACUUCAGCACAAAGUCGAUGCGAGAAGAUGGAGGCCUCAAGCACAUUGAAGAAGCCAUUGAGAAGCUGGGCAAGCGCCACCAGUACCACAUCCGUGCCUACGACCCCAAAGGGGGGCUGGACAACGCCAGGCGCCUGACGGGUUUCCACGAGACAUCGAACAUCCACGAGUUUUCUGCUGGCGUGGCCAACCGGGGGGCCAGUAUCCGCAUCCCACGGAACGUGGGCCAAGAGAAAAGGGGCUACUUCGAGGACCGCCGGCCAUCGGCCAACUGCGACCCGUACGCUGUGACCGAAGCCCUGGUGCGCACCUGCCUGCUCAACGAAACUGGCGACGAGCCCUUUGAGUACAAGAACUGAGGUCCCACCGGCACCUGCUCUUUCCCCUUCCACAUUUCCUUUGUUCUAGAUGUUAAUUCUGAGGGCAUGAGAUUCUUGCUUGAGCCCCCUCCCCUAAAACUCACCCUCUGUUUCUUCUUGUGGGAGGGGGAAGUCUAGUCUCUUUCAGUGUUUGUUCGCCCUUCGAGGGGCCAGGAAAGGAGCGGUGUGUGUGUGCAUUAGACGAAACAAACCUGAGUUAACCACUGUUUUGUGUAACUCAUCCGUACAUCUCGACAGGACUUCAGGGGCUUCCAGGAACAGACAGCACAGCGGUCAGGGCGUGUUAGCCUUUCCCCCUUCCAAAUUUUGUUCCUCUGCGUCUCGGCUGAACUGAAUAAGAGAUGAGCGAAAGAUCUGUCCCGCGGCUCGCGUUCGGAGGGAGGUGUUCCGCUUCCCACCCCAGAAGAGGCUGAACCCGUAGUGCCAUCCUGCACAACCUCGAUCCACAAGCACACCCCCUCGGGCCAAAAGGGCAUCUGAAUAGCCUCUCAUGACGCAGGAAGCACCACUGCAUACACACAAGCCCUUUUGCCAGUGCUAGGACCUGGGGCCGUCUUACACUUUACGGACACCUUCCUUGACCCAAAAAGAAAAUUAUUCAAGGUUUUAUCGAAAGGCUGGCAAAUACUUUGACCUGUUUCUGGAAGCUGCCUGAUUUUCUGAUCCUAACACAGAGUGAACUAGUUUUUUUUUAAUAUAUAUAUUUUUAAAUGUCUAAAAACACACGAAGUUUUUGUUUUGUUCAAAAGGUCCAUUAAAUCAGCUGAUUGUCGGGGCAGGGCGAGAUGGCUGAAGGUUGUCUUCCUUGGUUGUUAAGAUGCUCGCAUGGAAGGGGGAGUCGGGAGAAGGAAAGAUCGUCGAGGAGAGAGAUUAGCAGUGGGUUUUUAUGUUCAAGAGCAGCUUUGAUGGUUUAUUAUAGACAAGGGGCAAUUCGUUUACAAGCUUGUAAGUUAAAAUAGGUAUUAAUUUUUAAUUUAAACUGAAGCCACUGGGCUGACUGGGCAGGACCGUGUACGGCCGGUUGCAGAAACGAAGAUGCGUCUGUGCUUCGAAUACAGAGUUGGCUGGUCAACUUUAACCACGGUAUUGACAAGCAUCUGGCAGGGAAUGGGGGGGUGGGUGGUGGUAAAGAGCAAGUUAAAAUAUCCAGUAGGAUUUGCAUGUCCACUAAAGCGGGGCUUUUGAUAAAGGAAAAAGAAUGGGGGGAUGGGUUUUUAGAGAUUUUCAAUAACAUGUUUUUAGGGUUUUCUAAAGUUGUACAGUUUUACAGAGACCACCACUGUUCCUGUAGGUUGUGUCCUGGCGCACAAAACUGACUGCCACUCGGCCAGGACUCACUCAUACGCAUAGCUGCCCUCAGAGGUGAUGCUAGCGGGUUCAGACGUUUCGGGAUUUUGUACCAUGGUAUCUUGAAUGGUGCCAAUCAGGUUCCGCUGCAUUUGGACUUGAGAAUAGUUUUUUUUAAUAAAAGCAUCAAAUCCGGUUA